AUGGCUUGGUGUGACCGCGGGGUUCAAACGCUGCUGGCCAGCUUCGGGGCUUUCGCUGCCUUCAGCCUGAUGACCAUCGCAAUCGGCACGGACUACUGGCUCUAUUCGCGGGCGUACAUCUGCAACAGCACCAAUGCCUCAUCAGAAGAGAGUCAGUCGCAGCCCAGAACCAAAAAGGGCGAUCUCACCCACUCCGGGCUGUGGAGAAUCUGCUGUAUUGAAGGCAUCAAUCAAGGCAGCUGUUUCAGAAUCAACCAUUUUCCGGACGACAACGACUAUGACACAGACAGCUCUGAAUACCUGCUGCGUAUAGUUCGUGCCUCCAGUGUGUUCCCCAUCAUCAGCACCAUCCUGCUGAUGUUCGGCGGGCUGUGUGUCGGGGCGGGUCGAGUUUACAACAAGACAAACAACGUCUUCCUCAGUGCAGGAAUUCUCUUUGUAGCUGCAGGUCUGAGCAACAUAAUAGGCAUAAUUGUCUACAUCUCCAGCAAUGCGGGAGACCCCAGUGAUAAACGCGACGAUGACAAGAAGUACACUUACUCUUACGGCUGGUCGUUCUACUUUGGCGCCUUGUCCUUCAUCGUUGCCGAAACUGUGGCAGUCCUCGCCAUCAACAUCUACAUUGAGAGGAACAAGGAAGUUCGCUGGAAGGCGCGGCGCGAGUUCAUCCGUUCGCUCUCUUCCUCUUCCCCGUACUCAAGGAUACCCAGCUUCCGUUAUCGCCGGCGGACAUCACACGCCAGCUCUCAUUCGACGGAGGCCUCGAGGGAGAACUCUCCUGGGGUCGGUCUGAAGGGGAGGCCAUCUUCCAGUGGGCCCCUGGACGAGCUGUCCAUGUACGCGCUGGCGAGGGACAGUGCGACGGACAACACGUACAGCCCAGAACACGAGUCUGGUGCUGAGUUCCUCCAGGUCCAUAACUGUUUUACCACUGAUUUAAAGGACGGGGUGAAUCACAGGACCACACCGGUGUGAGGGACAUGUUGCUGCUGAGUUGGAGGGUCAACUAGAAGUGGAUGAACAGGAACUGAUGAAAAUUCAGUGGGUCUGUUGGAGCCUGAGUGCUUGUGAUAGCCUGCCAUCUAAGAGGCACAGUUAUACAAAAAAAGAGAAGGGAUUACAGUCAGACAGACGGAAAAUGAGCAAAUUAACAGAACAUGAGAACCAUUUAUCUGCUUGAAGGGAAUCAUCAAAGCAGAAUAGAGUUACAGAGUGUAUGCUGUAGCUGGAUUGAAAUUGACGCUAUCUGUCAACUGAAAUGCUUUAAUGAGAAGCGUGAGGAUGAAAACCUUUGAUUGUGUAAUAGUUACUAAACAUUGAAGGUGUGAUGUGUUGAUGUGAGCCGAUCAGCAGUAUGCUACCUGUAAAUUAUUCAACAAGGUGCUAAAAGGAAAUGUACUCUUCAACUUGAAAGUAUUCCAUUUGUGUGUGCAGUUAAAAUGUGGACCCCUAUUUGUAUUGUGUCCUCAUAACCAGUUUGGUUUGGCCUUGUACUCUAAUUUGAUGAAAGAGACAACAGGGACUCUGUGUCUUUUAGCAAUGUCAUUUAUAAGAAUGACUGGCCUUUUAAACAAACAUAAAUUAUCAUAAUGUUUUUGGCUUUUUUUCAAGAGUGUGUGGUUGGGGGGCCAGUGUUUUCACAAAUGAUUGACUUGCUGAGUUGUAAUGUACUAAAUGUUCAGUAUUUUUAACAGAUUGUACAAGCUGACCAUCCAGUCUAUAUGAAAGGUUUUGUCUCACUUGCCGUCCUAGCCUCAUAUUUAUUAUUCUUUGACAUUUUCCAGUCAAACGAAAUGCCGGUGGAGCACCUCUAUUCAAUCGCUUGUUUUUUAUCCACUUCCACAUCAGUCAGCUAUUCUUCCAUCAGCCCCCCGAUGGACGUGACAUUGUGUAUGCGCCUGUCACAAGAGAAGAGCAGCUGAUAAAAAAGAGGGUUACCAGAACUGUGAAAACGGCACACAGGUCAGGACUUCCUUUGGCUCUGAAUGAAAACACCCAUAGUGUUGAAUGGAUUGGAUCCAGACCGAGAA